CUAUUAUUUGUAUAUUUGUAAAUAUUAUUCCAAAGACGGCAGUUGUGUCUGUAUUAUUCCAAAUUUCAACUUUGAAAUGGAAACAGACAAUAUUUCUCAACAAGUUGAAGAAGUAGAAGUGCUCAAAUCCAUUUAUGAAAAUGAAUGGAUCGCCGAAGAUGGAAGUGGAUCUUUCAUUAUGAAAAUAUCUCCAUCUGUGAAACUAUUCAUCACCUUGCAUCCAGAUUAUCCCUCCGAAAAACCACCAAAAUACGAACUAAUGGCUCCUGAAUUAUCUGCUGAUGAGAAGAUUAAGUUAUAUAAAGAAUUCAAGACGAUUUAUGAAGAAAGUAUGGGAAGCCCCAUUUUGUAUCAAUGGAUUGAAAAAUUGAAGGAGUAUACAAUUUUCAAACCUAAAAAUAUAAAUGAGAAAAAGAAAGCUUUGGAUGUCCCUAAAACACAAAAAAAUAAGCCAAAUGAUGAUUUUGAAAGAUUUUCUAAGCAAGUUGUACAUGGACCAAUUAUAGAGGAUCGUAAAAGUGUAUUUCAGGGACAUGUAUGUGCUGUUAGCAGUGAAGCUGAAGUCAGAAAUUUCAUUGAGUUCCUGAUGGAAAAUAAGAAGAUUGCACAAGCCACUCAUAACAUAUAUGCAUAUAGAAUUAUUAAGAAUUCAUCAUUCUUACAGGACUGUGAAGAUGAUGGUGAAAACCAUGCAAGUAAAAGAGUGUUGCAUUUACUGCAGUUGCUGAAUUUAGAGAACGUUAUAGUUGUUGUAUCUAGAUGGUAUGGAGGUAUACAGUUAGGACCUGAUAGGUUUAAACAUAUAACAAAUGCAGCUAGACGCGCGUUGGUACAAGCUGGAUUCGUUAAAUAAGUUUUUAUUUAUUUAUUAAACAAGAAAUAUAUAUUUAUACAAUUUUAUUUUGAUUCUAUUUUUUAUUAUAUAACAUUGGAAAAUGUUGAUAUAAUUUGUUUCCUGAUAAUUUUAAUGAAUAAAUCGUUUGAAGAAAA